AUGGCGACGCCCACGCCCAAAUUCAACUCCAAAUCCCCCACCAUCCGCCGCAUCCUCCGCGAAGCCCACGAACUCACAACCUCCCCCUCCCCCGACUACCACGCCUCCCCGCUCGACACCAACCUCUUCGAAUGGCACUUCACCCUGCGCGGCCCCCCCUCCUCCCCCUUCUCCACGGGCAUCUACCACGGCCGCAUCAUCCUGCCCCCCAGCUACCCUCUCCGCCCGCCCUCCUUCCGCUUCUCCACUCCCUCGGGCCGCUUCGAAACCAACCGGGAGAUCUGUCUCUCUAUUUCGGGACACCAUGAAGAGACGUGGCAGCCGGCGUGGGGGAUUCGGACGGCGUUGGUGGCGCUGCGGACGUUUAUGGAGACGGAUGUGAAGGGGCAGUUGGGUGGGUUGGAGAUGGGGGAGGCGGGGAGGAGGAGGUUGGCCGGGGAGAGUAGGGGGUGGAGGUGUGGGGUUUGUGGGGGGGGAAGGAGUAAUGAGGAGAUUUUGGGGGAGUGGGGGGGGAGUGCGGAGCAGAAGGGAGGAGAGGAGGUGGUGGUGCCGGCGGAGUUGAAGAUGGGGUGGAGGGAUGAGAUGGAGGGGAAGGGAAAGGGAAAGGAGAUUGAGAAGGGGAAGGGGAAAGAGGAGGAACAGAGUGGAGAUGAGGAGAGUGCUGCGUUGGCGGAGGGGUUUGUACAGACUGCUCCUGUGGGAGUGGCACCGGUAUUGUCUGCCGCUGGCCAAGCACCAGCAAGAACAGACACAGGGAGCACAACAGGGACCACAAUAGGUACAGCAGCGACGACAGCAGGAACAACAGGAACAACACCAGGGAGCAGCACAGCCCCCCCAAGAACAGCACCAUCACCAACUCACACUCCAGGACUACAACAACUCCACCGAGAAGCCCCGAUAGACGAGUCAACGGUAUGGCUAGACCGGCUGAUCGCUGCUGUUGCCAUCCUGCUGCUGGCCGUGAUAGCCAAGGUCAUGCUGUCGUAG